CUUCCUGGAAGUUUCCAACAUAGUAAUUUAACUUCUAAAGCUGUAAUAAGUUAAUUAACUACUAGCAAUAAAACUGUAACAAUAAAACGCAACCAAGCUUUGCAUUCUGUCCUUCUCGCUCAAUUCAAAAUUGACCUAAUCCCCAGAUGGAAAAUCUGAAAUACGUGAGAAAAACAAGGUAAGCAGGAUGCUUUAUUUGGGUCAGUACCCAUUUGAAAUUCUAGAACCAAAGGCCUUACCCUAUUGGUGGGCCUAAUUUUAACGACCCAAACUUGAACCACAAAGCUGAGGCCUCUCAAGCCGGGGUAUUUAGGUAGUAGGGUUUUAGCGUCUUAGGGUUUAAGCUCACCUCUCGCGAAGAAAGAAUCUGAAAAACAGAGGAACGGUUUACAGGGUUUUAGAGAGGAAGAAGAAGAUGGGGGUUGACAAGGGGAAGAAGCAGAAAAUUGCAGAAAAAGUUGAAGCUACUGAGCAAAUUGAUGAAAAGCUCGUUCUCUCCAUUGAGAAGUUGCAGGAGAUCCAGGAUGAACUCGAAAAAAUUAAUGAGGAGGCAAGCGAUAAAGUGCUGGAAAUAGAACAGAAGUAUAAUGAAGUUCGGAAACCCAUUUAUGAUAAAAGGACUGACAUUGUCAAAUCUAUUCCGGACUUCUGGUUAACAGCUUUUAUGAGUCAUCCUGCUUUAGGUGAACUAUUGACUGAAGAAGACCAAAAGAUUUUCAAGUAUCUCAGUUCCAUUGAAGUGGAAGAUUCAAAAGAUGUCAAAUCUGGCUAUUCUAUUACCUUCAACUUUAAUUCAAAUCCUUAUUUUGAGGAUUCAAAGCUUGCGAAGACAUUUACCUUCUUAGAUGAAGGGACCACAAAAAUCUCUUCCACACAAAUUAAAUGGAAGGAAGGAAUGGGUCUUCCAAAUGGAAAUGCAAAUGAGAAGAAAGGCAACAAGAGGUCUCAUGUUGAGGAAAGGUUAGCAUCCUAGGUGUAUAAUUUUGUCUCUAUGAAUCUUAUAUUUCUUUAAGUGACAAUUAUCUUUAUUGGGGCAAGCCAAUUAUGUGCUUGCAAAACCCAGAAGGUUGUCUUAAAAUUGUCAGACAUCGAGCACCUUUGUUGUGGCACCUGCUGCAAUAGGUAGCAUUCUCAUAUCUUAUCGCCCUGGGUAGUGGAGUCUCUACCAUUAUCACUUGGGAAUGGCCAUGAGAGGGACAUUUAACUCUUGUGGACUCAUUAUGAACUCUCUGUCUGGUUUGAUUUUGUAAUUUCAAAGCUCCUUUGUUUUCUGUCAAAUACACUUACUCUUAAUUAUGUUUAAUUGUUUCCUUUCUUGUAGUAGUCCUUCCAAAUCCUGUUUGUAAGGUCUUUCCAUUUUACUUUUAACUUAAAGUAUAGUGCUCUACUUUUCGUCGUGCUGUAUUGAGGUAGCUAAGGGCCUCUUUGCAUCUACUAUCAAGACACUACUAUAUGUUCUUCUGUUCACUUUCCUAUCUAUCCGGGCUGCGCUGAACUUCUUUUUCAUGCAUGCAUGAGUUACCCUAUUCGGUGUGUAUCCAUUUCAUGAUUUUUGUCCCUGCUAACCGUAAUUUUGUUCAUGUUGUGUGCCUAGCGUUGCUGCUCUUAUGACUUUUUCUUUGUAGUCAUGUAGGACAACUUGAUCCACUAAUAUUUAUUUGGCGAUGUAAUUGGUUCACGUGGAACUUAAAUGAGUAUACUAGAACAAUGAUUUAAGAUGUAUGAGUUACUUCAAGAAAGAUAUUCUGUGGUUUGCUUUUGACAAGUUUUCUGUAGAAAAAAUAUUUUUAUACAUAAAUGUCAUGGAAUUAGACGAUGAUCACCGAAUUUCUUGUUUUCUCCUCUAAAAGUUGCUUGGGAGUUGGGAUUCUUAAAAUUGAACUCUUGGAUUUGUUUUCUGUUUAUGUUCAGCAUUUCUUAGUGUGGUCUAGUUCUCUUAUUGGAUUUGCAUCUUUCCUAUGACAUAAUCUGUUAUAUUUGGUCGUAUUUCAUGAAAUAAGUCAGUCAUGCACGGAGAAUAAAGUUGGAAUAUACAGUUCCCGCCUAGUUUCUUUUUAUCUUUUUGGUUAUACUAUGAUUGUUGACUUCUUCAGUAGAUUUAAUUGUAAAAGUUUAUCCUUUUAAGUUGCUGAUUUUCUUCAACAUCUGGAUGCAGCUUCUUUACUUGGUUUGAUGAUAGCCAGCAAAAAGAUGAGGAUUUGGAUGAAAUUAACGAUGAGGUUCUUGCACCUUUUGAAUGUUUGUCUAAUAUAAAUUUUAUUUUUUCAUUAGUCAUUUCAUCCAUUUUCUUAUUUUCAACCUCUUUUGAUAGAUUGCAGAGAUAAUUAAGGAUGAUUUGUGGCCGAAUCCUCUUACUUACUUCAACACUGUAAGCCUGCUUGUUUGUUCUCUCUAUGCUUCGAUGAACUGAUGCAGGAAAAAAUAAGAAUUAGGGUUUAAAAAUUAUUAGGAAAUUUUAAUUUAGGAAGGUUUUAGUAUUUAACAGAAUUUUAAGUCUUUUUAGAUAUUUUCCUUUUUUAAGUUUAGGGUUUAACUAUAAAUAGGGUUGCUGUACGUUUACAGAGAGGUAGUUUUUAUUGAUAUUUGAUAAUUGAUUUCAGAACUGCGAGUUCUCUUUCACGGCUGAGUGCCUGUGUUAUGGUUUUUAUUGGUUUUUGUCUAAAAACCAUUGCCUUUGUUCAUGGUGAUCAUGAAUCAAAGUGGUGUUCCUUCUUUUCAUGCUUCCGCCCGCAUCAUGAGCUUUCUCUUUCUAUGCAAAUCUGAACUGUCUAUUUUGAUAUAGGAUGCUGACGAAGAGGAUUUUGAGGAAGGAGAUGAUGAGGUAUGUAAAUACUACCUUGAUAGUCGCUACUACCUUUUCUUUAUUAAGAAAUGGAGUAAAGAUACCAGCAUACUAAAUGAAAUAAUAUCGGGAUUUAGAUAUUCUUUUAUGAACUUUUUCUGGCUCUUCAUCGUUGACUUGGAGACUAGUUUCAGAUACUUGCAUAUGUUUUUGUCUCUUGGCUUGCUUAGCAAAAAGUUACUUGUAACUUUCUUUACCAAAGGUUCAUGUCUUCCUAGAAAAAGAAUCAAUCCAAUAAAUGGUAGCCUUUCUUUUGUUGGAAGUCUUCUGAAGCUGCUAUAGGCAAUCAUAUUCACGACGCUCUGUAUUCUGUAAUAUACAACUUCCGUAAAGAUGUAAACCAGUAAUAUGUAGAUAAAUUGUGCAUUCAGCAUUACCUAAUAGGUGUUGAUUCUCGGGACCUUUUCACAAUGAGAAUAGGUACCAGCUUAUUGAUUGAAUGAAAUAAUAACGGGGUUUGGAUAUUCUUUUAAUAACAUUUCUGGUUCCUUCAUCAGUGAAAACUAUUACUGGUUCUAUUUAGUACUUCAGGUGCUUCUGUUGCGUAUUCUUGCUUAUGUUUUUUCUCCCUUUUAACUUAGCAAAAAGCUAAUUGUAACUUUUUUGAAUAAAAAAGAUCAGAUUACCAAAUGUUCAUGUCACUCUAGGAUAUCCUUUCUUUAGUUGAAAGUCCUCUACAGCUAUACUACUUUGGUGGUUGAUGUUGCUGUGAUUUUAAGAAAUUUCUCCGCCAUUGGCUCUACAGUAUACAACUUUAAUAUAAGCUAUAAACCUGUAAUAUGUUGAGUUACUUAAUAGGUGGUGGUUCUUGGGACGUAUUUGCAAGGCAAGUUUUCACCAUGAGUAUUGACUAGUAAGUUGUGUGAUUGUCAAAAGGGACCCAUUACCCAUAAAUUUUGUAAAAUCUUUUGUUUAAAGGCAACUCUUGUGCAUACCCUAUAACCCUUCUCAAUGGUGACCUUUUCCAGCACUACAAAUAUGGGUUCCGGAUUAGUUUUUUGGUUACAUUGGUAGCUAUGCUUGAAAUAAACCAUUUUGGAAAAGAUUAAAAUAUUUUCGCUUGUAGUCAAGCUUGUAAUGCUUUUUUGAUUGAUCACCUCAUGGUGAUUUUGAACUGCCACAUGAUGAUUUGGGAAUUGCGCAAGGGCUUUGAUGUCUACUUUUUGUAUUGGAGUAAGACUGUGAAAUAAUCUUUUGUUUUCCAUCCUUUCUGAUGGCAGUUCAGUGAUUGUACUCACGGUAAGUGGUAACAAAAGUUGUGUAAGAUCGUUUCCUAGAAUCCCAUGAAAUCUUUAAAGUUUUGGGAGUUUCCAGUAAGGCGUUUGCUUAUUUCUGGUACUGAUAUUGUUUUACUGUGUGUCUGCAAUUGGUAACUGUUAACAGCUGCAUAUCAUUCAGUUAAAAAUUGGGUAUUCUUUAUUGUCAUUAUAGGACUGAGGAAGUGAUUUUAGUGAAUCUGAAGCUGUGUCAAUAUUGAUAGAGGUUGUAUAAGGUGCUUGCAUGUUGGGAUUAGAUGCCCACCCAUUUUUCAUCCCCCUUCCCCGUGUCUACUUGAAUCCUGUUUUGGUAAAGAUGGGAUAAGAUCUAAGAUCCUACUUUGGGGCACAAAUAUUAAUAGGGGAUGAUAGAUUUCGACGUUGAUUUGAUGAAUUUGGAGAAAACUUGUUGUAACUGUAUGUGUUCUAUGUGAUCAUCCUGACUAAACUCUAUUAGGGCUGCAUUCUUUGAAGAAUUAAAUACUAUGCUUUUCGAAGUGUAUGCCCCUGAUGUUACGUGUUGAGUUCUUUUUGAGAUAUGUGAUUUCUUAUAUAAUGCGAUGUUUCAGGAGAAAGGAUCAGAUACUGAAGACGAUGAUGAUGGGCAAGACGACGAUGAUGAUGAGGAAAAUGGAGAUGAAGAAUAGAGAUUAGGCUAUUUACGAUAUUACUCCGAAGAUUGUUAUUUUGUGGUUGCAACAUUUAUGAUUGUAGAGGAGGUGAUAUUAUUACAAGAGUAGUACAGAGGAUGCAGAAUCUGACUUCUAAUUAUAGGUUUUCUGUAGUGGGUGUUUUUGGAUUACUCUGUUUAUCUUCUUUUUUUCAUUUUUAAGUUCUUGUGCUUUUUCUUUUCUUUUUUUUUUUCCUCCAGAGUUUAUUUCUAUAUGGCCCCUUCACUUUCAUUCUACUUCAGACAAACUUUCAAUCAUCAAUUUGAUGAUGUCAUCAUUAUUAAACAUGAGAGUUUUUUUUUUUUU